AUGCCGAAAUUACUUCUUGAUCUUCAAGAUGAACAGAUGCUUUUUGAAAUAUUGGAUAACAAACAUGGAUAUGAUCUUCAGCUUCAUGCUGGAGCCAUGAUCACAACUCGGUCUGCUGAGUCAGCAUCAGAUUCAUUGGAGCUAUUACAUGGUUAUGGAGGGGGGAGAUUUAAUAUAGCUAAUGACAAAUUCUAUUCCAAUAGGAAAUCUUCCCAACAGUUGAAAUCACAUUCCAAGAAACGCACAUCACAUGGUGUUAAAUUCUUGCAUUCCAUACCUGCUCUCAAGCUACUGACAAUGAAAGCCAAACUUAGCAAUAAAGAUAUAGCCUAUUUUCAUAGGCCAAAAGCUUUAUGGUAUCCUCAUGAAAAUUUGGUGGCACUUAAAGAACAAGGAAAGCUGCUUACAAAAGGGUCAAUGAAAAUUGUAUUGAAAAGCUUGGGAGGGAAAGAGAGCAAGCUUCAUGUAGAUGCUGAGGAGACUAAGGGUUCAUUUGCAGGGGAUCUUGAGAACCUUCUAGAUGCUGAAGAAUUUGAUGCAGAUGAAGAGGAUAAUAAUAAUUAUGAUUCUAAUAACUUGGUGGCUUGUGUUAAAGGCCUUAAAAUGAGACGCAUGUCUUCACAAGCUCAAGCUGAUGUGGAAAAUGAAGAUGAAGCUGAUGAGUUAUGCAGAAUGCUCAUGGAUGGUAUCAGCUAA